AUGAAAUCCCGAAGUGAUGAAAGAACUUUGCAUAGGAAUGCUGCAGGAGGAGAUGGUAUUUCGUUGAUAUUAAGUCCUUCAUCAUCUCCAUCACUCACUAUCAAUGAAGACGGAGUUGUAAUACCACAGGAAGAACCUUCUACUCAGCAACAAUUAAUAUCAUCACUCCGAUCCCAAAGAUUAAGCGAUACAUAUCCCCUCCGAUCUCAACUUGCAGUCCAAACAAAGCCUGCAAUGACCAGAAUUUAUCAGUCUAUUAUUUCUAAUUUAUUUAUUGAUCCAAUUGUUACUUUCCUAUUUCCUCGAGUUUUAGACAAUCGAUUACAAAAUUUACCAAUCAUUAAUUUAUUCUUUAAGCCAACCACACAGGUCCAAUUACUGUGUGCUUGGACUUGUGAGGAGGGACAUAUUUGUAAACAUACUCAUGGCCAUACUGGAAAGCAUGAAUGUAUUUUUGGUCAUGUCGAGGGCGAACCAAUUGCAAAGUGUGGAAAGAUUUGUGACUGCCGAUUUUGUGAAGCACCAUGUGUGUUAAAACCAAAUCAUUCUGGAACCCAUGCAUGUCAUUUUAGGCACGCUCUUAGAGACAUACCAACAAAUAGACGAGAACAAGAGGCGUUCAGAGAUGAGAAAGCAAUUGGUGGAUAUAUGAGCGAAUUGGCUUUUAUUUCCGGUGAAGAUAUGAAGUAUUCACACAUUCCUACAACCUUGAAUGAUGAGGACGAACACUGGUGGAGUGAAAAAUAA